GCUCCUCAUCUGUAGAUGACACCAGCAGAUGUUUGUGGAGCUGGCAUGAAAAUGGCUUCUCAGUGGAACACUGCCCGUGUGAGCAGUGCAGAGAGGAAGGUGCCCCACACCCGUAUGGAGGAUGAGGCUGACCUCCAGCAAAUAUGCUCAUUUGGGAGGAAAUUAGGUCAAGGUAGCUUUGGGGUCAUCUGUGAAGCCACCCACAACGAGACAAGGAAGAAAUGGGUUAUUAAGAAGGUGAACAAAGAGAAGGCUGGAAGUUCAGGUGUCAAACUGUUGGUACGGGAAGUGAGCAUCCUGAAACGUGUGAACCAUGCACACAUAAUACAUCUGGAGGAAGUCUUUGAAACACAAAAGAGGAUGUAUCUGGUUACUGAGCUGUGUGAGGGAGGGGAGCUGAAGGAGCUCCUUCAGAAGAGCACACGCUUCACAGAGGAGGAGACCAGGCACAUCAUCAACAGCCUGGCUGAGGCCAUCGUCUACCUGCAUAAGAAGGACAUAGUUCACCGGGACCUGAAACUGGAGAACAUUCUAGUGAAGAGUUAUCAUCAUGGUGAUGAUAAUGACAUGAUCAAUAUCAAGGUGACAGACUUUGGGUUGUCAGUGAAGAAGGGGGGUGUUGGCAGUGAGAACCUGCUGAAAGCCACCUGUGGGACUCCUAUCUACAUGGCUCCUGAGGUGAUCAAUGCUCAUGAGUAUCAGCAGUGUGAUGUGUGGAGUAUUGGGGUCAUCAUGUACAUGCUGCUGUGUGGGGAACCUCCAUUCAUCGCCACCUCUGAGGAAAGACUCUUUGAGAUAAUCAAGAAGGGAGAAUUCCACUUUGUCGGACCCAUCUGGGACUCUAUCAGUGAUGCAGCCAAAAAAGUGUUGAGUUGCCUCCUGAAAGUUGAACCCCCCCCUCGCAUCACAGCCAAUGAGCUGCUGGAUAACCCCUGGAUACAGGGUGACACCAACACUUUGGCCACACCCACCAACGUGCUGGAGAUGAUGCGUCUGUACCGGGAUGACCCAGAGGAGAAGGAGAGUGAGGUGGUCAGUGACGUGCUGAACGAGCUCUCUGUCAGCUGCUCCCAGGACAGCCUGAUGAUUACAACUCUUCAUCAUUCAAUUGUUUUUCAAAUUUGUCACACGGGCCAUUGA